GGAACCGAUGCAGCAUCAGUCAGUUGGUAGGGUCGUGCAAGAGCUCCCCUGCCCGCUCCCUCCCCUACACACUCUUGCAGGGGAGAGGGAAGAGCUUGCACGCACGCACGCACGCACAUCCCUCCACGCACACGCACACACGCACACAGGGUCGCUUGUACGGACACCCCUUCAACGUUCUGUCAUCUGUUACUGUGGUGGUGUUGGUGGUGGUGGUGGUGGUUGUGGUGGUUGUGGCAGUGCAGUGAGUGGGUGACUGGUUGACUGCCUGCUUGACUGUCUUUCGUGUUCCCUGUUCCUGUUUUCCUCCUCCUCUUCCUCCUCCUCCUCCUCCUCUUCCUUUUUUUCCUUUAACUAAAUUUCCUCGUCCUUCUCCUCCUCCUCCUCCUUCUCUUCCUCCUUGUCCUUUUUUUCCCUUUAACUAACUUUCAUUGUCCUCCUCUUCCUCUUCCUAUUCCUCAUUCUUUAUCUAGUUUUCUCUUUUUCCUCCUUUUUCUUCUCUCGUUUUAUUUCCUCUUCUCUCCUUGUCCUCCUCCUCUUCUUCCUUCUUCUUCUUCUCGUUUAUUACCUCUCCUUCUCCUCCUUCUUUUCUUGUCGUUCUCCUCCUCCUCCUCCUCCUUCUGAUUAUCCUACUUCCUUUCUCUCUUCUUCCUUCUCGUUUUUGUAUUUCUUGUUGUUCUCUUCCUCCUCCUCCUCCUUUUUUUUUAUCUCCUCUUCCUCCUCCUCCUCUUCAUUGUCAUCAUCCUUGCCUUUCUCUUUCUUCUUCUUCAUUCUCGUUCUCCUCCUCUUCUUCCAUAUCCUCCUCUUCCUCUCAUCCACAUCCUUAUCCUCUUCGUUCACCUCCAUCCACGCCUCCUCUUCCUCCUCCUCUUCCAUCGCUUCCCCCCCACCUACGAAUUCAACAAGUUCCCCCUCUCCUCCCCUUCUCCCCCCUCCCCCUCUCCCUCCCACACACACACCCUAACCCCCGGAAAAAAGGGUCUCGCAAGGUCAGAGGUCAAAUAAUCUACCUGUGACCCUAUUGAAAAGACAGACAAACAAAUUGGAAAAGGUCAAAGAGGAGUGCGUUAAGGUGUGCGUCCUGGUCUGGUCAUCCUCCGGGGGUCAACAAAGGUCAUAAGAGGUCACGGAGGUCACAAGAAGAGGAAUGUUUGAAGUCUAGAUUUUGAGGGAGUGCUGUAUCGAUGACGGAAAACAACAACAACAACAACAACAACAACAACAACAACAACAACAACAACAAAAACAACAACGACAACAAGAGCAGAAUUCAAAACGACGACAACAACAACACGGUCAAGAAAUCCAAAAAGAUGCCGGGGAAAUGCAAGAAGAAAAGAAAGAUGAUCCUGGUGGACGAAAAGGAGCCGGUGGGAGAGCUCCCGCCGCCCUUCCCACCACGCAACAUCGAAGUGAAUGAAGAGGAUGAUAUGAGGGAUUUCUACGACCUGAAGAAGGAGAUUGGCAGAGGCCGCUUCGGGACGGUUUACUUAGUGGAGGACAAGAAGACAAGACAGAAGUUCGCGGCCAAGUUCGUAAGCACCAAAAGGAACCAGGAUCGGGCCAACGUUGAGAGGGAGGUGGAGAUCAUGAAGCUUCUCAACGCUGAAAAACCCCACCCUCGCCUUAUCCAGCUCUACGACGCCUACGACAUGGCCAAGGAAAUGUGCCUGGUGCUGGAAAUCGUGGACGGCGGGGAGCUGUUCGAACGCGUGAUCAACGACGACUUCAUCCUGACGGAGCGCGCGUGUACCGUGUUCGUGCGGCAGAUCUGCGAGGGCGUCGAGUUCAUCCACUCCAAGAACAUCCUCCACCUCGACAUGAAGCCUGAGAAUAUCCUGUGCCUGUCGAGGGAAGGGAACCGGGUCAAGAUCUGCGACUUCGGGUUGGCGCGCCGCUACGACCCGCGCAAGAAACUCCAAGUGCUCUUCGGGACCCCGGAGUUCGUGGCGCCCGAGGUGGUGAACUUUGAGCCCAUUGGUUUUGGGACGGACAUGUGGAGCGUGGGAGUGAUCUGCUACGUGCUUCUCUCCGGGCUCUCCCCCUUCAUGGGCCACAACUACGUGGAGACCAUGACCAACGUGACCCACAACAAGUACGACUUCGACGACGAGGCGUUCGACAGCGUAUCCGACGAGGCCAAGGACUUCAUCCAGAAACUGCUGGUGCUGGAUAAGAGCCUGCGCCCCACGCCUGCGCAAUGCCUCCGUUCGGACUGGCUUCGUUCCCCGCCGCCGCCGCAGUGUUGCCACCUCCGCAGACGCUUCCCUUCCUCAGCGUCGAACUCAGAGGAGGAGACGAGCGACGAAGAAGACGAGGACGAGGACGAGGAGACCGAGGAGGAGGAGAAGAAGGUUAUCCAAGUCGUGGUUGAGGAGAAGAUAAAGAAGGAUGAGGAGGAAACGGAGAAGUAUAGUGUCAGGAGGAAGAGGAAGAAAGAGGAGGAUGAGGCGGCGAAGAAGAAGAAGGAGGAGGAGGAGGAAGACGUGAAGAGGAAGGAAAUGGAGGCCAAGAGGAAGGACUUAGAGAAGCAGAUAGAGGAGAAGAAAAAGAGGAUUGAGGAAGAGGAACUCCGAAUGAAGAAGAGGAAGGAGGAAGAGGAGGCUAAGAGGAGGGAAGAGGAGGAAGACAGGAGGAGGAAAAAGGAGGAAGAGAAAAGGAGGAGGGAGGAGGAAGAAAUCAGAAGGAAAAUCGAGGAAGAAGAGGCGAGAAGGAAAAAGGAAGAGGAAAAAAGAAAACGAUCUGCGGAAGAGGCAAGAAGAAGGGAGGAAGAGGAAGCCAGGAGAAGGAAGAGGGAGGAAGAGGAUGAGGCAAGGAGAAGGAAGAGAGAGGAAGAGGAGGAAGCAAGGAAGAGGAAGAGACAGGAAGAAGCGAGACGAGAGCAAGAGGCUGACAGGAGAAGAAAAGAAGAAGAGGAGGAGAGGAGGAGAGCUAGAGAAGAAGCGAGGAAAAGAGAAGAGGAGGAGAAGAGGAAAGAGGCCGAGGAAAAGAGGAGGAAAGAGGCAGAGGAGAAAAGAAGAAAGGAGGUGGAGGAGAAGAAAAGAAAGGAGGCUGAGAGGAUGAGGACGGAAGAGAGAAAGAAAGCAGAAAAGCUGAAGCAAGAGGAAGAGGAGGCCAGGAAGAAGGAGGAGGCAGAGGAGCGCAAGAGGAAGCAGGGCGGGGAGGCAGGGCGGGCCGAGGAGGGCGCGGGCGGCGGGGUGCUGGCGCGGAGCAAGGCGCAGCUGCGGGAGUUCGUGGCUCGCUGGAGCGCCCACCCCAACUCCCCGUACGUGAUGGUGGCCGAGGACGCCCCGCGGGGCCUGGGGGCGGCGCGGGCGUGCUCCGGGGCCUCGCUCACCUCUAUAGCCGCGCUGCCGCCCAGCGACACAAACCCCGACGACCUCAACGACGACGAGGACGAGGCGGCUGACGCGGCGGGCAAGGACGAGGAGUUCGUCCACUACACGUUCUCGGCACCGUUCAAGGGCGCCGCCCCGCCCCAGGAGGUGGCGCGCAGCCUGGAGGCGCGGCUCAACCUGAUGCAGGAGAAGGACGCCAAAGAGGGCGGGAAGGGCGCCGAGAAGGGCGCCGGGAAGGCUAGCGGGAGGAGCGGCGGCAAGGGCCCCGGGCGCAGCGGCAAGCGGACCUCCCCGGCCCGCACCUCCCGCUCCCGCUCGCGCGUGCUGCAGGAGUCCGAGGAGGCGGAGGCCAUCAUCCAGGAGAUCCUGCGCGUGGACCACCGCAGCGCCUACGAGGAGUACCAGCGCAUGGUGGGGGCGACGAGCGGCGGGACGCUGCGGCGGCCCGAAUUGGAUGCGCUGCGGCAGGAGGAAGGCGCCUCGCCGCGCAGUCCCAGGAGCGCCUCGCCCAAGAGGCAGCCCCGGCGGCAGCCCUCCAGGGACGUACCCCGCGACGACAGGCCGCCGUCCAGGGAGGGGGAGCGCUCCCCCGCUCCCACCCACCGCCGGCCCUCCAGGGACGUGCCCCUCAACCCUGUCCAGAUGGAGCGCCUGGCUAAGUUGGCGGGCGGCGGCGCGGCGCAGCAGGCGUGGCCAGACCUGAUCGUGGCGCCGCAGGACGAGGCCGACGAGGAGGUGCGCCAGUACUCCCUGGACGUGCCGGUGGCGUCGCUGCACAAGAGUCCCAGCGGCACCCUGCACUCCGUGCCCGGCCUCAAGGUGUCCCAGGAGCCAGAAGCGGACGCCACUCCCUCCCCCACGCCCACGCCAGCCCCCAAGGGUGCACCCUCCCUCACGCCCCCGCCCUCACCUUCCUCAGGGAAUAGCAACAAGGCUGCCCUGUCACCGCCGCCCUCCCCGGUCCCUGCCAGCAAGGGCACCUUACUCCCCACACCCUCGCCUUCCAUCGCCUCAAGCGGGGACGGAAAGCAGGCCCUCACGCCCCCGCCCUCCCCCACACCCUCCCAGAAGGACGCCCCAUCCGGCGAGGACGCCCCCAGCAGGCUGGUGGCGUGGAUCCUCGACAUCGGCACCAGGACGCCGCCCAGGCAAAACUCCAGCAGCAGCCUGCAGGACCGCGUCACCCAGUGGGAGACCCGCGACGCCAGCCCCCGCCGCUCCCACGCCCCCUCCCCCAGGCUGACCCCCUCACCCCGCCCCUCACCCUCACCCUCGCCCUCACCUUCCCGCCGGCACAGUGACCGGUCCUUGCAGCAGGCUGAGGGCGCCGCGGAGGCCCCAGCAGGCGCCCGCCGCCCACAGCUGCCCUUCAACGCCCUUACGUCAGACACCUCCGCCGAGAAAGUGAUCCAGACGCCGUGGGGCAUCCUGAAACGCACACCUUCUAAAACGUCCUUCUCCAAGUCCCCCUCCAGGGAGCGUGAGGCCUCCCCGGCGGGACCCAGGGGGACUCGCCCUCCCGCGCAGACCGCCCCGGAGGCUCUACAGGUCAAAGCCCCUGGGACGUCCUCGCCUCAGGGGGCAGCGCCCGCACGCCCCCAGGAGCAGAGCGGGUGGGCGGCGGGCGGCAAGUGCCACACGCUACCCCGCUCGGCCAAGCUGAUGAAGCAGCAGUCUAUGGGUCACGUGCCGGCGGCCGGCGGCGCCACGCCCUUGGAGGCCGACGGGAGCCUCAAGCGCAAGAGCAAGUUCCCGCCGUCCCCCAACAAGCGACCGCUGGCGCCGCUGCUGUUCUCCGCACAGGACAGAAUCUCCAUGUUCGAGAGCCAGCAGCCCGCCUCCACGCGCGGCCCCCCGAAGCCCCUGGCCAGGACACGCAGCAGCGUCACGCUGGGGAGCAACGGCCCCACCGAUCCCCGCGCCGGCGACCGCUCCUCCCAGGUGGGCUUCAUGAAGUCGAGGCUGCUGGGCAGAGCGGGGCGCAGCGCGGGGCCCACGCUGCCUGAGGAACCAACCACCCCGGACUCCAGCAGGCGGCCCGGCCCCGACGCUGCCUAAAGGCCCGCCUGGCCUGUGUGGCGCCUCCUGCUGGCCUGCACACACACACACACACACACACACAGCUGCACGGCGUGUCACCAAAGUACUCAUUCAGUUCUCCGUACAUACACGUGCCCGCGGGGGCCGCCGCCUCCAUGGGCCGUCAUAGUUGUGCUUGCCAUAUAUUUUUUUGUUCGUUUUUGCAUUAUACUUGAAGAAAUACGAAAUAUAUGAUAUGUAUAUUAUGUUGAUGUGUGUGUGUACACCUUACUGUUAUUUUUAUUUUAUCACCUUUCUUAUCUC